GCUUUGCCUGGAGUUCCUCAUCCACGACGACACCGUUGUUAUAUCUGGUUGCAGCAUAGUGUAACUUUUCUUGCUUACGAGCUGACUCCAAUUGAUAUCCAGAUAUGGCUUCCUUUGGCGGAGCAGGACUGGGACAGAAGAUCCAAAGGCCAAACCCACCUGAGCGCGGUUCAUUUCCUCUCGAUCACGAUGGAGAGUGCAAGCAUAUCAUGCUAUCGUACCUAAAAUGCAUUAAAUCCCAUCGAGGGACAAACGACGACGAAUGCCGCAACCUCUCCAAGUCGUAUUUGUCUUGCCGCAUGGAUCGGAAUCUCAUGGCUCCCGACUCGUUCAGAAACCUCGGGUUUGGUGACGACAGCGAUAACCCCAGCGCGGUCACUGCGAAUCCAUCACAAACACCACAAUCUCAAGCACAAAAUCAACCUCGCACGUCGUAGAGUUAUCGGGCACCAUCAGGGCGAAAAGUCUCGAAGAUGUCUCUCGGCUCGUGGAUCAGCAGCGUCUGAUGCAUUUACCAAUGACGCCAGGUUGUUCUUCACACCCUCUCCAUCAAAUGAGACACGAGAAUCCACUGGGAAUAAAAGUGUCCGAUAUUUCCGCCAUUGCGGCAGUUUAGGCCGGUAGCACUGCAGCACGCCGUGUCCCCUUUCGCAAUGCGAACUCGCAACGAGACAAAGAUCACAAACCGACGAGGCUGGCAUGUGAAGCAGAGGGGGGAAUACAAGAGGCGCAACAAGGGACAGACAGCCUGGAGUCACAGAACAGGCAGAUGUUGUAGCCUGCAGGCAGCCAUGACGCGGGACAUAGUCGCACCACAGCAGGUGAGUUCCGAG